UGUAUAAAGAUAUCUUAUGCUAAAGGGAAAGCAACAAUAUCACCGUCUAAAAUGAAAAGUUACCCUAGGUAAAAAUCUAAAGCUUGAAAUAAACAAUGUUUUUGUCAACAUCAAUGUAAAACAUUUGCGGAAAGCUGCCUGUGCAACAAUUGGUCAAUUUAUAAACGCGCACAUUCGUCAACGUUUUCGGCAUAUCGGCUCUACAAAUAUUUUGAAACGUCGAAGCUGACUCAGCUGAGUACUCUAUUUAAUUACCGUUAUCCAUUUUCCUGUUAUUCUUGGAUAAAGGGAUUAAUUAUAUGCGCGUACAAAUUGAAAUUUUUGCACUUAUAAUAAUUAUUAAAUUCUUGGAAAUGUACAAAUCUCACGGGCGUUAUCCAUCAGCACUUCAGCACUGGUAUGCAUAUUAACUGGGAUUAGAAAAUUGCAUGACCUCUAAAUCUAACUAUGCACCUGACGGUGUCCUUAGCUUACUUAAUUACUGUCGGCCUCAGCGCAAUGCUUCGUGAAAAAAUUCUUGAUUUUGAUCUUCUUUGGAUGGCUAGAGAGAAUGAACUAAUAUAAUCUUUUUAUGCUUAUAUUUCAUCAGUUUAAUCGAUUUUUGUGCAAUCGACAGUUUUGGUUUUUGGGCAACUGUUGGCAGUCGCAUCACUGAAUUAUACGAGCGUAUUUAGAGCAAGUGUGUACGCACGAUGCAAACGGUGUUGUUGCCAUAUUCCAACGUGACCUAUCCAUCUUACCAUUCUGAUGCUGUCUAUCGUUGCUCUGUUCCUGUUGAGAACCCGAAUCACUCCACCGUUUAUGAGCCAGAUCCUUGGAUUGCUCUGGAAAUUGAUUUCAUGGCUACAGUGCAACCACAAAAGCCUGAUCCAAGAUUCAUAGCAUCUCUGCAGAAUACAAGUGCUGAAAUCAUCGAUAAUUUGCCACAUUCUAUUUUGGAUCUGCUAAAAAGUCCGGAACUUGGUGGAAUUCUGGCAUUAACUGUUGUCGGACUUGCGUACACCGUUGCAAUGCUACUGCUGGGAUUACUUUGGUGCUGUUACCGAUGUCUCUGCUAUAAAAAUUCAACCAAUCGGCCCAAAAGGUCAUACUACGGGGCGACUCUGGACGAGCAUACUUUUAAUGUUCGCGGUGACGACUUUACUGGCAGCAUCGGCGCUGGUUUUUAUCAAUGGAUCCAGUUUUGUGAAUUCUUCGGAACAGCUGCUGCCGGUGGUGGAAGACGCAUUUUCCGAUUUGGCAACCUUAGUCAACGACACCGAGCUACACAUUGUUUUUGCCACGCGCCAAGGAUUUACAGCAAUGCAAUACGCGAAUCUGGAGCGGUCAUAGGAGAUCUCGUUCUAGCAAGACUGCGCGAAUUAGGCAUUGUUGAUGACAUCUACUCUAUGGUGCUCCUUUCUCAAAAUGCCACAGUGGUAGUUUCGCCGUUAAUUUUGGACAUCAAUACCAAAAUUCAGAAUCUCAGUUCAGAGGCGGUGAAAUUAGAAGGUCAACUGGAAGAUUUAACUGAGUCGUUGACGGAAAGCGACUGUCCAGAUACCUGCGCCAUAAUUGGGCCGUUGGCACGUCAGUUGAAGAUCAAUGUGGAUUUGACCACUUUCAACAUGGACGUCCAAAUGAGUAGACUGAACUCCAUGCUUUCUGGUGGAUUUCAGAACUCAACGGAGGAAGGUUACGCUGAACUUCUCGAUUUGCCAUCCAUAAUCCAAAACAAAAGUUCUCCGACGCGAACAGAGACUUUGGAAAAGGUGCAUCAUUUUGGGCAAGAUCUGGACCAUUACCUCGCUGCAGUCGAUAACUUUACGAAUCCGUUAUUGACAGUCAUCGAUAAUCAAUCGGACAAUAUAGAUGGCUACGCAACCAUUGUCCACAGUUAUGGAUCCUCCGCGCAUACCGCAGUCAUUGUUGUCGGGAUACUCUUAUUGGUGAUCUCUUCCGUGACUCUAGCCGGUUGUCUGUGGGGAGGCAUCUUUUUCGAUCCCGUAAUCUUGCCAACACGGAGAUCGGGAAAGGUCACUUAUGGAGGGUGUUCCCUGAUGUGCGCCGUAUAUACGAUAUUGAUAAUCGCAUGGAUUUUGAUGAUUAUCACCACGAUAAUGUUUGUCAUUGGGACACAAAUGGAUGCAUUUCUGUGCCCGCUUCUUCAAGGGACCAGUAAUAAUUUCACUUUUCUUGAUCAAGUUGUAGAAAUUAUCGAAAAUACGACCAGGGAUGGAAAACCGAUCACAAUUAUUGCUAAUGAAACCCUUCGACCAGGAAAUCUGCUAAUGCGAUGCAUGAAGAAUUCGCCUCUAUAUGGCUUGUUAAAUCUGGGCCUGGUGUUCGACGUAUACGAUGUUGAGCGCCGUUUGGAGAAAUUCAACAUUAGCGGCGUUUUGGAAGGACUCAAAGUGACCAUCCAUGAUGUGAUUAUAUUCAGCCCGCAAUCGGAUUCGCUUGCUAAUGAUUUUUUGACGGCCCUGUCUGCGAACUUUUCCUCAUAUCUUCAAGAACUCAACACCAACAAAUCGCUUGUCGCCGGGAAUCUCACUGCUGUUCGCAAAGCGUUAAGCGAAAGUACCGGAACAAACGACUAUAUAAGCCGAAAUAUUAUACUGAUUGACAGAAUCGACACUCAUGUGCAUGCUAUGGAUGUGUUGCGCGCAUCUUUAGCUACCGAGAUAAUUUUAUUUCAAAGCACUGCUCAGUAUUUUCAAGAGGAAACAAGACAUAUUUUGGAAAAAUCAAGGAUAGCUCAGCGUUUUAUGGAAAACGAUGCAACAAACUUUGUUUUCGAGAUCGCUCAGGAAUUUGGGGAUGAGAUUUAUGAAAUUGCAAAAGAAUUUGUGGCGUAUGUCGUUGUUACGGUAGUGGACAAGAUCGGUCCGUGCCGGCCCUUAUACGAUGCAGUGACGGCCGUAGCCAACUUGUUGUGCAGUAAUUUGAUAAAAUCGUUGAACGGAUUAUGGCUGGCAUUGGGACUGGGACUAUUCAUCUGUGUCCCAAUAAUGUUUUGCAACUGUCACCUGGCAAAGUACUAUUCUCGCGCUCAAAAUACAAACUCCGACGUCGAUAUCAAAAACCAGAUUGAGAACAACCGGCCUGUCUUGCAUAAUCCGUUCAGCAACGUUCGUAAAGUUCGACCGGCACCGGCUGUUAUCACUGUUCAAGUUGCUGCUGAGCCGCAACCGUCAUUCGGCCGCACUUAAUUGUCCGAGAAACAGUAACUAAAGUUUACGAGAUCUGGAAGUCGGGAAGUAAUGCCUGUGGCUGUGAGUAAUGGCCUUGCAGAACGAAAUUUCUUGCUGACAAACUCGACUACUCCAUUAACUUUUAAAAUACUGGGAAAUUAUAAUUUUCGAAUUUGCGAAGUGCUACAAACUAAUUAUUUUAUCUACUACCUGGCUGGAAAGUUAAGUGUUAUCUUCCAACAAGAUUGCCAAACGGCUUCUUUAUUAUUUAUCAAAUCUAAUGCUCAAUUUACACACAGAGAAUAAAUAGUGUCAGUUUAAAAUUGCACAAACUGCGCCCUCAA